GGAUAUUGUCUUCGCCAAUUCUCAAAAUGAAGCAUUUUCUUUUUCUUUUUAUAGAUUCAGGGUUUCUUUUCAGGCACAUUACAUGGUGAUUUGAAUAUCUAAAGACAAAAAGAUAUUGGCAUGUCUCUCCAAAAGUGAUAUAAGUCAAAGAGAUUUACAGUUUGGACUGAAACCACUGGAAUGUUAUAGGUUACCUCUGGUAUGUUUCCUCUUUCUUUAGGAAGCAGUUAUUUUUGCUGACGUUUUUUUAACAUCCUCCCAGAAAAGUUAGCAAAAAACUACUUUUGCAUAAAUUGUGGGUGGAGGUAUUUUGACUCUGAAAUCCAGCUAUCGUGUUUCUGUAAAAAAGCCCUUGUUGGAGUUUUUCAAACCCAUCAUCUCCUCUACCGCAGUCCUGAAUGUAUCUCCAUCUGGUCCACAGCUGAAAACUAUUAGACUGUGCUUGAACUUCCUUCUUCUCAGUAUUCCACACGGUUUCAAAGCAAGUGGAGUAUUGGCAAAUACACAGAAGGGACCACAAAGACGCAAGGUUUUCCAGUAUGAACCGGGCCUUUAACAGGAAAAAAGAUAAAUCCUGGAUGCACACUCCAGAAGCUCUGGCAAAGCAUUACAUACCCUACAAUGCCAAGUUUCUUGGAAACACAGAAGUUGAUCAACCGAAAGGCACAGAGAUUGUUAAAGAUGCAGUUAGAAAGUUAAAGUUUCAAAGGCAUAUCAAGAAGUCAGAGGGACAGAAGACCCCGAAAGUGGAAUUGCAAAUAUCCAUUUAUGGAGUAAAGAUCUUAGAUCCCAAGACAAAAGAUGUCCAAUAUAACUGCCAAUUGCAUAGGAUAUCCUUCUGUGCAGAUGACAAGACGGAUAAAAGGAUAUUCACCUUCAUCUGUAAAGACUCAGAGUCAAACAAACACCUCUGCUACGUGUUUGACAGUGAGAAAUGUGCAGAGGAGAUAACACUCACUAUUGGCCAGGCGUUCGACUUGGCCUACAAGAAGUUCCUCGAGUCUGGUGGAAAAGAUGUGGAGACACGGAAACAGAUAGGAACCUUACAGAAAAGAAUUCAAGAACUGGAAACUGAAAAUUCUGAGCUAAAGAAGCAGCUUUCGGAUCUGGAGGAGCAGUUGAUGAUUGCUCCUGUACCACCAGCUGGCAGCAUCUCCUUGAAACCCCAGACAUCCACAGAUGUUUUUGACAUGGUUCCCUUCUCUGCUGUCACACCCCUGGUGCCAAUACCCGCAAGCAACGGCACACCCCCUCCACCCCCUACAACAUCUCCUUCAGACAUGAGUAAAGACCUUUUUGGUGCAGCACCUUUCGAUCCGUUCACCUGUGGGCAAGCCGACUUCCCCCCGGACAUCCAGUCCAAGCUGGACGAGAUACAGGAGGGGUUCAAAAUGGGACUAACCCUAGAGGGCACUGUCUUUYCUCCUGACCCACUAGACAGUCGCUGCUGAUGCCAAGUAGACAUGUUGCUUUUACAUACUGUUAAAUCAUUUGUAUUAAAAGUGCCAAAAUUGGGUCUAAAAUUCAAGAUGCCAAUGUUCUUCUCAUCUUGAGGUUUAUAUGUAUUUGCAUUUGAAUUUGGUUUUAGAAUAAUCAAAGGUAUAUUCAAAUCUGAUAUAGAAAGCACUAUUUUUGUAAGAACUCACAUGGGAAGGAGUAGUUUUGAGACCUCUUGCUUGUACAGGCAAUGAUGGGUGUAAAUAGUAUGUCCAAUGGUACACUCUGUGGCCGAAUUUUCUUAUGUGUAGAAUCCGUUUUAUUGAAUAUACACCACUUAGAACGACGCUGUUACCACAUUCUUAUUUGUCUGUCAGACAUGACUUGCUUAUCAUCAAGUCACAAGACACGUAAAUGUAGUCAGUCUUGUAUUAACACUCAUAUACCAAACUCUCAGCUUGCCCUUCAUUUGACAUGUCUUCUAUGUUCUUUUUACUCAUAUGUAUCUUUAGUUAACUGAAAUUCAUUUAUUCUGAUAGUUUUGUCCGGACAUCGGAUUUAAUAGUUUUAUUGUCUUGUUAAACAUUUAGGUAUGUAUUGCCGUUUAUUUACUUUCUUAUGAUAUAUAUCAGUAUCCUCUUGCACCAGAAAGCACUUUUGAAAACCUCUGUCCAUAUACAGUACUAUAUACUUGUUAUUUUACUUUGUAUGCAAUAUGACUUUGCUGUUACAGUUAUUAAAGAAAACAUUACGGCAUCAAUUAUCAA